AUGCAAGGUCUUUGGGUUUCUUCGGCUGGAUCGGUGUUUCGUCUUUGGGUUUCUUCGGCUAGAUCCAAAAUGCAAGGUGGGUCUUUGGGUUCUUCGGCUGGAUCCAAGGUGCAAGAUGGGUUUUUGGGUUCUUCGGCUGGAUCCAAGGUGCAAGCUGGAUCCAAGAUGCAAG